GCUAACUAGGCCUAGCCUGCUGCUGAAAUAUACGUGUGUGUGUUUUGUGUGUGACGACUACAUCUACAUCGUACAAAAUUAAAGGUCUCCAUUGUGACGACUGCUGCAAGUCAUCGCUAAACUUCACAUUACCUGCUGAUAAGAUCCAGGCAGGACUGGCCAAUAGUCAUGAAUCGUAAAGGUGACAGACCAAAGCGUGGCAAGAAAGUUCAAUUGGAGCCUGAAUCUGAACUGGAAGUCACAAGUACAAGGUCAAAAAGAAGCAGAGGUCCAUCUGAUCCUAAGCCUCACCCAACUGAUGAUUCCAACCAAGAUUCUUUAAUUUCUACUAGAAGAUGUCGCAGCAAUGGAAAGGUGUCCCCAGACAGAAACUUUCAAGAUAACCCGCCUUUCCCAAGCACAAGUUGUACGUCUCUUAAAAAGGGGAGUAAAAAGGCUUUGAACAACAGGUCAAGUGAAAGUAAGAAAAGUGAAGUGAGUUCAGACGAUGAGAGUACACUAAGUAAUAUAUCACAUCCAGAAGAUACAACUACUCCAGAAAGAAACACCAAUUGUGACACAGAUGCUCAUGCUUACAUUGCUGGCAUGAAAAGAAAAGCGUCAUUUCCUGACACAGCUACACCAUCAAAAAAGGCUGCCAUUGAUUUGAAAGAGUUUAGAGGUCAUCGGGUUCUUGCUAGAAAGGAUGAUGGGUUCUACCCAGGAAUCAUCAAGCAUCAGCGUAAAAACAAAGACAUUGGGGUGACUUUUGACAGUGACAAAAAUGCUAAGUAUUUCAGUAAUGUUGAGUCAGAUGAAAGGAUUGAUAUUGUUAGUGAUAAGGUUCCAUCAUAUAACAGAGUUGGUAUUGGAUCUAAAGUUUUGGUUAAGAGAGUCAAUUGUCCAGGAGUUUAUAAUGUGGGUGUGAUCAAAGGUAUAAAGGCAGCUGCACAACAGUACGAGGUUUAUGUUGCCAAUGAUGAGGGGUUAGAAGAUAAGGUAGUUACUCCGUUAUGGAAACUGCGUCUACUAAGGUGGCCAUGGGGACCUGAUCCUCCUUGUUCAUUGAUACCUAUUCGUCAACUCACCUACAGUCCACAGUCUCAAGCUGGAGAUGAAGUACUUGCCACUGAUCAUCAUGAAGGUCAAGAAACAAGUUCAACUAACCAUGAAGAAGUUUCUGAUGAUGACCUCCAGCGAGAGGCAAUUCACUUUGACAGUCGACCAGUCCCUCAUGUUUCCACCACCAACACUCCAUCUUCUUUGUACUCUAAUGAAUCUGAAGGUCAUAAGCUGCAUUGUAAAAGUGAUCGUAAUCGCCAUAUAAGCGGUGCUAGCACAACAUCAAUGGCCUCCAUUUCAUCCAGUCGAACUUAUUCAAUAUCACCAGUUAGCCCCUCACCAAAGUACAAUAAAGGAGAUGUGGUGUGUAACACUAAUGGUGUUCGUAAGAAGUACAAUGGAAAACAGUGGCGUCGACUUUGUUCCAAAGAUGGGUGUAAUAAAGAGUCCCAACGCCGUGGCUACUGCUCUAGACAUCUUUCCAGCUACAUGAAAAGUAAAGGAAUGCUUGGAGAUGGACAAGUCAGUGAUAUUGAAUGGGACAGUGAUUCACGCAGUUCCAGCUUACAAGCAGAUUCUAGAUCCCAUAUUGAGCCAUCAAAGUUUGACAUGGAUGAAGCAGAAGCUGCCAAUAUCAUUUUGGGUUUGUCACAAGGAAACUCAAGAUCCUGUACUCCAUGUCAGCCAUCAGUACCCCCGUCUCCACGUUCGCAAUCUAAAACCCCAUCCCCAGCAAUGUUUGGCUCCUUCAAACAUCAAACAUUUAUACCCAUCUCCAAGUUUUCUGGUUCUCAUCAUGGUUCAGCUCAUGUCACUCCAACUCCAUGGGGUUCUUCUAGUACUCCUAUAUCUGGCCGAUCAUCCAGUGAAAUCACCUCACCUGGCAUGCCUAAAUACAGCACUAGUGCAACACCCACAUAUCAACAUAGUCCUGGGUUUGCCACUCCAGUCAGUCCCAAUAAGUUGAAGAUGCGAAUGGAGCAUGCAAGAAACCAGUCACAAGAAGUCAACAGGAGCGAUAGUAUUGACUCAGGGGUUGAAUGUAUACACAACACAAGAUCUCCAACACCAGCACAUCAUGGAGCGACUGUUUCCCCAAGUCACAAUCUGUCAUCUCAACUUGUUUUGUCCCCACCCAACAUCAUGUCGCCCCCAGCAGCUAGACAGCAAGUUACACAAGGAUAUCAUCAAUCAAGCAGCACCUACUUUGAAUUUCCUUCUCCUUCAGAGAAUAAGCUGAGAAAUGCCCUCUUAGCACCAGGAAGUCAGGAGGCAUGGCCAGUUACUCAUGAAACUCUACAAAGUCCUAUCGUUGAGAAAACGCAAUCACAUUCAAGGUUUUCUCAUGACAAAGUUUCCAGAACAAACCUGACAAAAGAAUUUGAAAAGGUAGAGGGCAGUGUUCUCAUUGACGGGAAUAGGAUGGCCAAUACAGCUUUCACGAAGACACCUCACAUUCAAAGAUCAGUCAUUCCAUCUUCAUUCUCUGAAACUUCAGGGAAACAACAAGGUGUAGUGGGAUUUGCGGGACAGAGUAGCAGUUCAAAUGAGCAGGUAUCACAAAGUCAAGUUCCUGCCGAACAAUUGCAAACUCAAGCAGCUCAAGAGACCUUAGCAACAGGAGCUGUGACUGGAUCAAAGAGCAAUGAAGAUAGCAAUGGUGGUGAUGGGGGUAAACCACCAGGGCAGAAUGUGUGGCCCUGUGUUGUUCCUCCUGGUCAUGUUCCAGUGUUCUACUGGCAUUCAUUGGUUCCAAUCUUUAAUAUCAGUCAGCCAGUUGCUUCAACUCCUAGCAGUAGUGCUGCAUUACCUACAAGUCAUCCCACAUCACUCAAUCAAUCUCAAGGGGCUGUUGUGGUUACUUCUAAACCUGGAUCUAGUGGAGUUCUCUCGGCACCCUUCAGAGACAACAAACCACAACCCAUACAGUUGAGUAAAGACAUUGUGAAUAGUCGAGCAUUCAGUCCUUCAGCUAUGAGUCCACCUGGUAAUAAACGUCGCUGUCAAUCACUUAGCUCUCUACCUAAAGAUGCUCAUGAGAAAGAACCAAGAAGUCCCAGAAAGAUAAGAGAUAAGGAUCAUGUCCGUCGCCCUAUGAAUGCGUUUAUGAUAUUUAGUAAGCGACAUCGAGCUCUUGUUCAUCAACGUCAUCCUAAUCAAGACAAUCGCACUGUUAGUAAAAUCCUUGGAGAGUGGUGGUAUGCGUUGGGUCCUAAAGAGAAACAAAAGUAUCAUGAUUUAGCUUUUCAGGUUAAAGAGGCUCAUUUUAAAGCUCACCCAGACUGGAAAUGGUGUAACAAAGAGAGGAAGAAGUCUGCCAGUGUAGUUCCUCCUGAGCUGUGUGAUAAGAUAGAGGCUAGACAGAGACACGCCUCAGAGGGUGAAGCAAGUUGUAGUGGUACAGGUCAAGAAUUAACAGCACCAGGUACUUUAGUUUCAUUGGCUUCGCUGACAUCAGAAGGCAAGCAAACCAGCCAUGCAGACAAUCAGGAUGAUAAGCAUCAGGAACAAACUCAAAUCAAGAUUCCAGUGCUGUGCGUGCCUCCCAAAAAGAGGUCGUUGAGUGCAUCUCAUGUUCCAAGCAGUGCUCAGGAAUACAAACAUGUUCACUCUGCAUGUCAACCACUUAAACCAAAACAGUGUUGCAAAUCCUCCAUGUUGAAGACUCCAGAUCAAGCGUUGACCUUACUGGGACAACCAAUACGACGACGGUUAGAAUCCGAGGAAACAAUGAGCGAUGAAGAACAAAUGGUGAUUGAUGAAGAGGGAGAUGAUGAUGUCAUUGCUGAUGAUGAAGUGUGUAAUGUUGAAGAAGUACAGCAUAUUGAUCUGGAAUGCAAAGAGCGAGUUGCUGACAGUGAAUCUGAAACAGAAUCUGAAGAUGAAACCAUGAUUGAGAAUAAAGCUUUUCCUCAACGACGCUUUUCACCCGCCAUGAAACACCUCUCUGCAUCUGACAUCACCUAUAGACCUAAACCAAUUAAAGCUAAGCCUGGUUCAAAUUCACCAAUCAGGAGUGACAUUGGUUGUGAUCAGUUUGAUGGUGGUUCUAAUUAUGAUAAAGCAAUACCACGUCCUUCCUCUAGCGGUAGCACAUUCCAACCAACCGGAGCAGUCUUUAAGGCACAUUCACCAAGGAAUAAAACAGACCCCCUUUCUGACUGCAAGGCUAAAGCUUUCUAUGAGUAUCAACCAGCUAAUAAAGAAAGCCAAGAGGGAAUUGCCAAACGGGGAUAUUUCUCCAAAAUCGAAUUCAAAUCGAGCUCUUCUCCGAACACCAGUCAAAGUUGUGAUCAAUCCAGUCAUACUGAAGACCAAGAUGGAAUUACACAGCAAGCAUCUUCAUCCUCUGACAAGCCCACGUCAGUACAAUCCUUACCAGCUGCAGCAAGUUUAACAGAUUGUACAAGUCAUGAAAUGGUUGCAGCAAGUCAUAAAUCAGCUCGUGUAGCAACUAUUGCAAGCUCCAACCAAUCAACAACCAGUUCAGUCAUCGUUGGUCAAUCACAAGCUAGUUCAGUUAUUGUCAGUAAGACGUUAAAACCUAAAUCAGCACAGCCUGGACAGUCUCAUCAGGGAUCAGUAAUUGUCAAUACUCAGCAGUUACACAGAUUGCAUGUAGGCGCACCAACAUCUGCUAAGCCUACAUUCUCUUCAUUUCAAAUCCAUCAGAAAGCAGAAAGUGUGGAAUCUAAGGAGGUACAUGCACCUACAGCAUCACAAGCUUCGUUACCUACUGGAAAUGUUAUAUUGAGUGGUAAACCACUGUCUGUAUUGAAGUCUGGUUGCAGGCAAAUGAAUGCUGCUAAGUUACUGCAAUCAAUCUCACAAGUUAAGCAAGGUAAUGGAGUACUAGUUGCUGCAAAUCAACCUAGGCCACACAGCCCAGCACCUGCAAGCAUUCUAGCUAAUCUUAAUAUGAAGCCUGCUCAUAACGUAACUCCAUUGAUACACCAUCAAUUGCCACAGCCAAGUUGUCCAACUAAUACAUCUACAUGUAUUCCUGUAGCUCCAGCAACAGUCACAUCAACAGGCUGUCAUCUUCAGUAUAUUCUACCUUCAAUUCCAUCCCAUGUUCCUGGUCCAGGACCUAAAUCAGUGCCACCAGGGUUUCAGAUAGCUAGCCCAAUUCAGUUAGCUCCACCUAUCAGCAAUCAAGUUACCCUUAAAGCUGCAUCAACUAGUCAGGUAGCGGUUGUGGCUAAUCAUAAAGCAGGAACUGUACCCCAGCCACCAAAUCAGAUACUUGGUCAUGCAAAUGUCUUAAGUGCACAGAUGUUAGCAAGUAAUGGGGCACAAGUUAUUCCUCUGAUUGCAUCACAGGCAUCCCUUCCUCCACAACUUGUUGCAAUAUCACAUACAUCAGCAAGUGCAUCAAGCCAAAUGAGCCAGGCACAGCAUAUGAUGUUACAACCAAUCAACAUGAAUGGCAUCAAUAAUAGCAAUGUAACACCACAUGUCAACCAGUCUCAGUGUGUAACAGUCAGGUCCAUCAAUCUUAACCCAUCCAACGUAGUCUCACAACCUGUCACCAUAAUGACUCAACCAUACAGUCCAGUUGUGACAGUUGCUGCUGGUAUUGCUGUUGCAUCUGCUACUACUUCUACAUUGAUCCCAACAGCUCAUUCUCAGACUAAGUACUUGCUGCCAUCUAGUCAAAGGUUGACUAUCUUGCAACAUGCUGGUAAUUCAUCUUACCCUGCUACACCUGCCUCUCCUGGACCAUUUGUGAUGUCUAGUGAUCAGCUUGCUACACUAACUGGCAAUUCUGCCAAGCUACAGGGAACAUUACUGACUCCAUCUGUUCUUCAAUCCUUACCAAACACUCCUACAAGUACUGUCAUUAAUAGUGGAAGUCGAGUGAUAACUCAAGCUGGUGUAGCACAGCCUAAACAUGUUGUUGCCUCCACUAUCUCCCGAUGUAAUGCUCCAUCCUCACUGAUGAAUCUACCAACUGUCAAUCAAACUAUCCCAGUUGCGUAUGCUCCUAUCAUGCCAGCAAAGCCCUCAACUUUGGCUGCAGGAUGUGUUGGUUCCUUCCUGAACGUUGGCAUGAAGACACCACUAACAGCUACUAGUGUCAUAGUCAAUCUUGCCCCAGUACCAUCUCCUGGAACAUUGUCCCAGGUUGCUCAAACAAGGACCGUCUUCUCAACAGGAACGUCAGCCAGAUUGCCCAUUGUUUCUGUAACAUCCUCAACUCAAGUCAGGACGAGGACUGAUCCAACCAACGUUGUGUCUAGUUCUUCUUUCACUUCAACUUCGUCUACUACAAAACGUAUUAAAGCCACCAUCGCAACUAUUCCUGUAGCGACAUCAAGUGUAGUAUCGGCAGCAGUAAACAAGGGAACCAAGUUAGCCAUUUGUAAGCUUGGUAAAGGUACCAAGAGCAGCCCAAGUUCACAAAGUUUUCGUACGAUGCCUAAACUGGCUCCUAUUCUGUCAUUUACUACUGCGAAGUCAAUCACACAGGCUACAGUAUCCAACUUGCCUGAACAUCCUUUAGUCAUUGACACAUGUGUUUCUAUGACAAAACAACUCUCAAGACAAAUGCAUGAUUCAAAAGACACUGGCUGUGUAUCUCAUGCAUUAGCAGAUACAACAAGUGAUAAGGCACAAGGGACCAAAGGGUCAGUAAUUGACUCUGUACCUGCAAAGCAGACAUCAACUGUCUCAGGUUGCUCAAUGUCUAAGAAAGCAGACCUAACACAAAGCAACACAUCCUCGGACUCCCUAAGGAAUGUCCCAUCAAAGAGCUUUGAACCUAAAGUAUUUGUUGAAACUGAGUCAAGUAGUCAGCAGAAACCACCAGUAACUGCAUAUUCCUUGGGUCAUAUGACUUCAAACACAGAUAACUCCACACUUUCACAUGAGCAAGCUACAUCUAAUGUCAAACCACAGAGGGCUUGUAAAGGCAAGAAAUAUAAGAAAAUACUGGAACAAUGUGGAGUCAAGGCACACAAGCGAAAGGUGCAGAAGACCAAUGAUUCAUCGAAUGUUGUUGGAGAGCCAUAUGAAGCCAGAUGUGUUCCAACCCAAGAUAAACCAAAGGAUGAAUUGACCACUUUGUCACCAAUAACAUCAUUAGUGGCUGAUAACAAGUCUUCAUUGGUGAUAACUGAUAAUCAACCUGUAUCUUCAAGAGUUGUUGAUAAACCCACAUUGAUAAUGAGUGAUGACAAACAUGCACCAUUAAUGAUAGCUGAGGAAGACACAUCCACCAGCCAAUCAUCCAAGACUACAGCACCAUCGCAACAUGAACUGCCCCAACCUAGUGGUAGCAACAAAGGGUUAGAUGAUAUGGAUAGCCAGGAUGGAUCAGCAGACACACAAUCUCAAGAGAUCAGUAGGGAUCCUAAGACGAUAUUGAAGAGAAAUAUUGAUGAUGGAAUGGAGAGGGUUCUUGAAGAAGUUAAUUUUGAAGCUCAGUUCAAAGAGUUACCAGAGUAUCAUCCAGAAGAUCAUGUUCAAGACAUCAGCACAAUUCCCCUUACUCCUCAUGCUAUUGUCAGUAGUUACAGAAGAAAAAGAAACAACUCUCAGGGUAAAGGUGAUGAUUCUGGGACUGAUAAUGAUCCUAGCUCACCAAGAUUGAAAUCUCCUAAUCGCCAAACAUCCAGUGGUUCAGAGCCUAACACUCCAAUUAAACGACCAACAGUUGAUGAUACAGUGUUUAAAUUUAGUGAGCGGCUAACAUCCCCAUCAGGAGCAGAUGAUGUUCACAUUCUCAAGACUCCAGUUCCAGAAGACAGUGAAGAAUUUGACUUUGAGCCUGAGAAAAACGCCUCCACACUGAGGAAAAUUCUAGAUUUUCGAAGGAUUCUGGUUAUGCAACUAUUCAAGACAGAAGGCUACUUUCCAUCAUCUGCAGCAACAACAUCUUUCCAGUUACAGCAUCGGGACAUCUUCCCAUCAAAGUCAAUCCUUCAACUUAAGAUAAGAGAGGUACGGCAAAAGAUUAUGCAACAUUCCCGUGAUGAAGAUGCUGAAGAAGGAUGUAUGUCUCCAGGUGGCCCACAGUCAACCAAAAUAGCUAGUAAUAGUCGCUCCCAAACAAACACAAAACCUACCGCUAAAACUGCUGCUACUUUGGCUAAAAGUAGGUUAACCCUAACAUCUAUGGUGAGCACAGACACCAGCAUGACAGCUAAACUGACACUAACCCCACCUCCCCCUUCAUCCCCUAUGGAUAAAUCACAAUGGUCUCAUUCACCUAAGGGUACAUAUACUAAAUUCCAUUAUACACCACCUGCCAAGUCACCUCUUGCAAGAUCAACUUCAUCUCAUGGUCAGCCCAGUCCUAUCACAUCAUUCCAAGGUCCACAGCAACAAGCAUACUUUGUGUAUCCUUCUACAACUACUUGCAUGUCUCCAUUGGCACUGGUACCAACACAAGCAGCAACUGGAAGUAGGUGCAGUGGUCCAGAAACUAAACCCACUGUCACUAGCUCAUAGAGGUCUGUGAUUUUACAACUGCAGCAUGUAGUAUUCCAUCUGAUAUCUCAAAGUCAUAAUUGUUCAAUGUCCAUACGUCAUGUGUCGGGCAUAUUGAGCUAUUGCUGUGAGUUUUAGUUAAUGUCAAUGUAUUUAGGCAUGAGACAUUUUCUUCCCUGGUAAUUCGUAAAUCUACGUUUAGACAAUGCGGGCAGCAGUAAAUGGUAUUUGAAGCUUUGCAUGGUGUGGAGUAUAAGAGCAACUAUAAAU